AUGCGAGCUGGCAAGAAAGUCGGUAAAGUGCGUGGUAGCACGUUCGGAUUCCGGAAAGCUUGGGAUCAUCCUGUCUUCCUUCUCUCGGGAAAGGGAAUUAGGAACUCGGUUUGCGAAUUCGAAUUGAAAGAAAGACCUAAAAAACUUUGCCAGCCUUCGUUCUUCCGAAACGAGGGGAAUUACCUAGAGCUUGGAACGAUCCCAGCCAAAGAACCCAGACGAAGGAGACUUUCCAACUCCCAAAACCGAAUACAGGUAAUACCCGAUCCCUUGACCCAAACCUCUUCACUUGCGGGCAUCCGGAACAGGAAUACCAAACUACGAAAGGAAGGUCCUCCGAAUCCGGAAAUUCCACAACCCAAAGAAGAAAGGAAGAAAGGGAAUCCCCACUCCUGGAUAGGUAAAACCCUCAAUCUUGACUUUCUUUCCUUUGCCGCUCUUACUCUCUUACUGAAGCUCUUACUGACUCAACUACGGGCAACCGCUCAGCUUUCUUUGUAA